AUCGUGCGUGUGUGUGUUUGUGUGUGUGUUUGCGCGCGCGUGAGCGGACGCGUGCUGACGUCACCGCUGUGUUGAUCCUGCUGCCUCUCCGAAACCUAAAGACCGGAGACCGGAGUUUUUCAGAAGCGCCACCGAGACAAGCGGGUGCUGUGAACUUGAGCGGUGAGAGUAGCAUGAUUGGAGUUGUACAGUCUCAGUAAGUAGCCUAUGGAUGCGAUCGCGGGUCGGGAACUAGGUAGGCCUGCGCGUUCGGAGACGAAGACGUGCAACCUUUUAGGUUGACAACCAUCUCAACUGCGAGAGGCUGGAACCCUGACUACACGGAACAGGGGAACCACCCAUGACUCCGCGGAGAACGUUGCUGCGCAGCGUUCCACGGCUCUGACCCCCAAACAUGGGGUCCAUCCAACUCCAGAACCAAAGCCACCCGGCCGCGCUGCUCCAGAAGGCCAACCAGAUGCGUCUGUCCGGGACGCUGUGCGACGUGGCCAUCGUGGUGGACGGCCGCGAGUUCCGCGCCCACCGCACGGUCCUGGCCUGCACCAGCAAGAUGUUCGAGAUCCUGUUCCACCGCGAGAGCCUCCGCUACACGCUGGACUUCCUGUCGCCCAAGACCUUCCAGCAGAUCCUGGACUACGCCUACACGGCCACGCUGCAGGCCCGGCUGGAGGACCUCGACGACCUGCUGUACGCCGCCGAGAUCCUGGAGAUGGAGUUCCUGGAGGAGCAAUGUCUGAAGAUCCUGGAGACGGUGCAGACGGCGGCGGAGGAGGAGGAGGGCCGCCACGGUAACGCCGCCACAGCCCCCCCCGCGGGCAACGCGGUGGUGCCAACGUCGUUUGGAGACUCCGCCACCCCAAACUCUUACAUUAGCCAAUCACUGUUGAGAGGGGGGGUGGGGCCAAGCUCGGAUUUCGCACAGGGCUUAAAUUCCACUCGUCACCACGGAAACCACCAUCCCAUGAUACCGUCAGACAUUAAGACUGAGGACGAGGAGGCCAUGCAGGUGGACAAGACGGGCGGACUCAGGGGGGGUAGUCAUGGCGAUGAGAGCGGUGUCUAUGGCGACAGACCAGGAACACCCACCCACAUGGCGAGAGGCAGUGUGAUCACCAGCGCCCGUCACCUUGGCCACGCCCCAGAGGAGGGGGUGGGCGGGGCUGAGGCUGUGAAGGCCGAAUCAGCGUUACUGGGCAUGGCGUCUCUCUAUGGCAUGCCUGCUGUGACAGCCAAUCACAUUCCACAGUUAUCAAUGGCCCCUCCCCUUCACAUGCAGCUGGAUUUCAGACCCUACGGUGGCCUGCUGCCACCAAACUUCCUGCAAAGGGAGUUUCUCAGCAAGCUGGUCGGAGUCACAGCCAAUGAUUGCCAUCGCCGUGACAACAGGUGUGAUGUGUGCGGGAUGGAACUGCCGGAUGAUGAGGCAAUGGAGCAGCACAGGAAACUUCACAGUGAUGUCAGAAGUUAUGGAUGUGAACUUUGUGGCAAAACAUUCCUGGACAGUCUUCGGCUGAGAAUGCACAUGUCAUCUCAUACAGCUGGAGAAAAAGCCAUCGUGUGUGACCAAUGUGGAGCUCAGUUCCAGAAGGAGGAGGACUUGGAGACCCACAAACAAAUACAUACAGGUUCCGACAUGGCCGUGUUCUGCCUGCUCUGUGGUAAGCGGUUCCAGACGCAGACAGGUCUGCGGCAGCACACAGAGACGCAUGCAGGCCUGCGCAGUUACGUCUGCAGCGACUGUGACUGCACGUUCCCUAGCAACACAGCCCUCAAGAGACACCUGCGCUCACAUACAGGUGACCAUCCCUUUGAGUGUGAGUUCUGUGGCAGCUGUUUCCGUGACGACACGACGUUGAAGGGACACAAGCGCAUCCACACGGGGGAGAAGCCCUACCAGUGCAACAGCUGCGGCAAGAAGUUCAGCCUCAAACACCAGCUGGAGACGCACUACAGAGUACACACAGGAGAGAAGCCGUUUGAGUGUAAGCUGUGCCACCAGCGUUCCCGUGACUACUCGGCCAUGAUCAAGCACCUGCGCACCCACAACGGCGCCUCACCCUACCAGUGCACCAUCUGCCAGGAGUUCUGCCCCAGCCUCUCCUCCAUGCAGAAGCACAUGAAGAACCACAAGCCCGAGGACGUGCCCGCGGACUGGCGCAUCGAGAAGACCUACCUGUACCUGUGUUACGUCUGACAGAACCUACCUGUACCUGUGUUACGUCUGACGGAACCGAGCUCUACCUGUUCAAUGUGUAACAGAACCCACCUGUACCUGUGCUUUGUGUGAGAGUAUAUACCUGUGUUUGUGGAAUGUGAGAGAUAUGUGUCUGUGUUUGUGUAAUGUGUGUGUGUGUGUGUGUGUGUGUGUGUGUGUGUGUGUGAGGAUGUACCAGUGCUUGUGCUCCAUUUGAGAACCAGCAGGUCUUCAGGAGCACACUGUGUGUGACCACCAGGGGGCGAUAGCAGGGUGGGUUGGUCUGGUGUAAAUCUGACUGGCGACUGGAAGGCAGAGUAGGCAGAAUCUGAUUGGUUGACUUGGGUUCUAUAGGGAAGCUGGAGGAGGGUGGUGAUUGAACAGGGGGGCGACUGUGAGGGUCAGGAUGAACGGAGAGGAGAGAGUGAUAGUGGAGGAGAAAAGAACAGGGGAUGAAGAGGAGACAGAGGGAUGAAA